ACCGGCCGUUGUAGGAGAGAUCGUGCCUUCUUCUCUUAAUGCUGCUAUCGUUAAGGGUUCUUUCCGGCAUUCCUCACAACGAGGACCAUCCCUGGCUCUUUUCUGAGGAAUGUAAAAAUUCCGUAACCUCUGUCUAAUAAUGCCAGAAGUGGUGCUGUAAGCGUAAGCGUUGCACCAGCAACUACAAGUGCUGUUCUUGUUCCCCUUCCACCUGCCCAAGUUCAUCCUGGUCCUCCUGGUUCCUCCACGAUCGCAGGACGAGGUGCUUCCUCAGCUGAACAAGUCGGAUGCGGUUGGAAUGAUACCGCUGUACCCUUCAUCUCUUCCUCGAUGCAGCAAGUACAGGAGAUGAUGCCAGCACAAGGAGAACUCGUCCAACAGCCACAUCACCUUAAUAUGGGCGUAGGGAAUUCAUCAUCUCAAAAUGAGUCAUCUGAGAGAGAAAGACAAGAGGAAAAAGGGACCCGGAUGAUCCCUGGGAUGAAUUCUCGAUACAACCUCUAAUCACCACAUAGGAGUACCUACGAAUAAUUCGGGGAAGAGCCGCCCAUUUGCUUUUCCGGAGACUCCUUCACGACCAGCAACCCACUUAUUUCACAAAAAUGCUAAAGGCAAAGGCAAGAAAGGCAGGAGCAAGCCAUUUAAUCAAGCAGGCAAUAAAUCCACAUAAACCACGGCAGGGAUGCUGCCUCAGAAAGAGCUUGCACCAAAAGCUCAAAGCAUGGAGCGCAUCUUCAUCCCGGGAGAGGGUGGUCUAAAAAUCAACAUCCAGAAGGUUCAUGUUCAGCAAAGUUUCUACUUUUUGAGACCUCCAGACGAGUAAGAGUUGCAAGUAGUAUAUCAAUAACCACUAAAAAUGAAAUUGGAAUUCUGAUACAGAUGUUGUUCUAGGUACCUUGUUGUACUAUGCAAAUUAAUCGUCGGCAUCGACAUGAAGAUAAGAUGUACCUGUAUCUAUAAUUCGUACCUCAAUAAAGGGAGCUAGAAGUAGUUGGCUGCCAUAAUAAAUCAAAAGAUGGUCAGAGGAGCAACUUGAGCUUCCCUAGAAGGAGUAGCAUUUUCAAAAAGUAAGAAGGAUGAGACCUACACUCUAGUAGAUGUAGAGUUCGUACAGCGUUUUGCGACCACUUUCCUGAUCCUCUGAAGAAUAAUUAAGCGAGGAUGGUGAAGAGUUAGUACCACAAUCCACAUGACAUGACAAACCGAUCAUUGAGUUGUUUUUUUUUGGAAUUCUGUGUGCUUUCUCACUCUCCUCGGAGUGAAGAUCAUGAACUGCCAAUCGUCAAAAACCGUUGUCAAUUAUGAGUCAUAACCUGAAUCUUGAAUCUCCACAGAUUGAGAAGGUGUUUGCUCAUCUUGUUCAUAUUAUGCUCUUGACCGGAUCUCUGUGCUGACCACAAUGUUGGUGUGCCAAGCAUAUAUUAUCCAGGACAAUCAUACUGGCUCAGCUAGUUGUACACCUACAGGGUUUCUCUCACG